AUGGACCACUUUUCCCCGCCUCUGUUUCCCGUUCGUAUUUUUCCCGUCCCUCCUUUCCUGAACCCGUUACGCUACGUACUAAGUGACACUUUACACUUCCAUCCAGGCUCUUGUUUUUUCUGCACCAGAAAACCUUCCCAAAUAGGAAACAUCACCAUUUUUUUUUUCACUCGCCAUUUUUUUCCUUUCUUUUGCUUUGUUUCGCUAUUGCUGCUGUCGAAGGUUCAUUUUGGUUCUCGUCUGCAGCAAGAACUCAAAAACGUUCUUUUUCGCCUGAUUCGUUAUUUUUACUCCCACAUAAUCUUCGACUUCUUACUUUCUUUUUUAUUCUUUUCUACACUUCUUUUUCGUUUUUUUUUCUUCCAUCACCCCAUUAUCAGUCAGUAUUAUCAUUAUUCACUUCUUUCUUUACUUCUCCUGCUUUGUUUUCUUUCUUUCAUUUUUCUUCUUUUCUGUUUUCUCCCUUCUUCUUCUUUUCUGUUCUCUCCCUUCUUCUUCUUUUCUGUUUUCUCCCUUCUUCUUCUUUUCUGUUUUCUCCCUUCUUCUUCUUUUCUGUUUUCUCCCUUCUUCUUCUUCUUCUUCUUCUUCUUCUUCUUUUCUGUUUUCUCCCUUCUUCUUCUUCUUCUUCUUCUUCUUCUUUUCUGUUUUCUCCCUUCUUCUUCUUCUUCUUUUCUGUUUUCUCCCUUCUUCUUCUUCUUCUUCUUUUCUGUUUUCUCCCUUCUUCUUCUUCUUCUUCUUCUUCUUCUUCUUCUUCUUUUUUUUCUGUUUUCUCCCUUCUUCUUCUUCUUCUUUUUUCUGUUUUCUCCUUCUUCUUCUUCUUCUUUUCUGUUUUUCUCCUUCUUCUUCUUCUUCUUUUUUCUGUUUUCUCCUUCUUCUUCUUCUUCUUUUCUGUUUUCUCCUUCUUCUUCUUCUUUUCUGUUUUCUCCUUCUUCUUCUUUUCUUUUUCUCCUUCUUCCCUUCUUCUUCUUCUUCUUUUCUGUUUUCUCCCUUCUUCUUCUUCUUCUUUUCUGUUUUCUCCCUUCUUCUUCUUCUUCUUUUCUGUUUUCUCCCUUCUUCUUCUUCUUCUUUUCUGUUUUCUCCUUCUUCUUCUUCUUCUUCUUCUUCUUCUUCUUCUUCUUCUUCUUCUGUCCUUGA